ACACUGUUUCGGGCGCUUUGCUUUGCUGUCUCAGUGUGUAUGCGAAUGUGCUCACUGCUCUCUCGUGGAGUGUGUGUGAGUUUUCACCAUUCACUCGUGCAGGGGGCCGGUAUAAAGCAUGUAGUACCUGGAUCACCUCGGGGUCUCGAGCCGUAUUCCCACCGGGAUCAAACGGAAAAACGGAUUAUAUUACCCAUUGUGGAAUAGUAUUAAUGGACGCCUAACGGGGAUCUAACGGGGACUAUAACGGCUGGAGGGGAGAGAGGGUUUCUCUUCUCAGUAAAUGAUCGGAGAGGAAGCUUCCAUUUUGAGAGAGAAUCAUGGCGAGCGACUCCCCUGCCCGGAGCCUGGAUGAGAUAGACCUGUCAGCGCUACGGGACCCUGCUGGUAUAUUUGAGCUAGUGGAGUUGGUGGGAAAUGGAACCUACGGGCAGGUCUACAAGGGUCGGCAUGUCAAAACAGGCCAGCUUGCGGCCAUCAAAGUUAUGGACGUCACUGGCGAUGAGGAAGAGGAGAUUAAAGCAGAGAUCAACAUGUUGAAGAAGUACAGCCACCAUCGGAACAUUGCUACCUAUUACGGUGCCUUCGUCAAGAAGAACCCACCUGGUAUCGACGACCAGCUAUGGUUGGUGAUGGAGUUCUGUGGGGCAGGCUCGGUGACCGAUCUGAUUAAGAACACCAAGGGGAACUCUCUGAAGGAGGAGUGGACUGCCUACAUCUGCAGAGAGAUCCUCAGGGGUUUGACCCAUCUCCACCAACACAAGGUCAUCCACAGAGACAUCAAGGGUCAGAACGUCCUGCUGACAGAGAACGCAGAGGUCAAAUUGGUGGACUUCGGUGUGAGUGCUCAGUUGGACCGUACUGUGGGGAGGAGGAACACGUUUAUAGGAACGCCCUAUUGGAUGGCUCCUGAAGUCAUCGCCUGCGACGAAAACCCUGAGGCCACCUACGACUUCAAGAGUGAUCUGUGGUCUCUGGGUAUUACGGCUAUAGAGAUGGCAGAAGGAGCACCGCCACUGUGUGACAUGCACCCAAUGAGGGCUCUCUUCCUGAUCCCCAGGAACCCCGCCCCCAGACUCAAGUCCAAGAAGUGGUCUAAGAAGUUCCAGUCGUUCAUUGAGAGUUGCUUGGUGAAGAGUCAUGGUCAGAGACCCAACACAGAGCAGCUGUUGAAGCACCCCUUCAUCAGAGAGCUGCCCAACGAACGGCAGGUCCGCAUCCAACUGAAGGACCACAUCGACAGAACCAAGAAGAAACGCGGAGAGAGGGAUGAGACAGAGUAUGAGUACAGUGGCAGUGAGGAAGAGGAGGAGGAACGGGACAUGGGGGAGCCAAGCUCCAUCAUCAACAUCCCUGGGGAGUCGACGUUGAGGCGGGACUUCCUGCGGCUGCAGCUGGCCAAUAAGGAGCGUUCUGAGGCUCUGAGGAGGCAGCAGUUGGAGCAACAGCAGAAUGAAGAACACAAACGCCUCCUGUUGGCAGAGCGACAGAAACGCAUAGAGGAGCAGAAAGAGCAGAGGAGGAGACUGGAGGAGCAACAGCGUAGGGAACGUGAGAUGAGGAAGCAACAGGAGAGAGAGCAGAGGAGACGCUAUGAAGAGAUGGAACAACUACGGAGAGAUGAGGAGAGGAGGCACGCAGAGAGAGAACAGGUACACACACAGGAGUAUAUCCGUAGGCAGCUGGAGGAGGAGCAAAGACAGCUGGAGAUUCUACAGCAACAACUACUCCAGGAGCAGGCCCUACUGAUGGAGUACAAGCGUAAGCAGAUGGAGGAGCAGCGGCAGGCAGAGCGUCUCCAGAGACAGCUGCAGCAGGAGAGAGCCUACCUGGUGUCCUUACAGCAGCAGCAGCAGCAGGAGCCACGGCCACAAGACAACAAACAGCUGUACCACUACAAAGACACAGCCCCCAAUAACGACAAACCUGCCUGGGCCAAGGAGGUGAUGCGUCGAGCCCAGAGUAACUCCCCUCGUAUACCUCCCAAGAAGCACCACUCCUUUAACCUGCCUGGAGACGCCAGCCUAUCACACCUCCUCCUGCUCCCUGGUUACAACCCCCGCUCCCGCCCCCCCUCCUACCCCGCCCAAUCAAGUCACUCCAGGGAGAGGCUCCUCCAAUCUGAAGGCCAUAAUGUGACUGUUCCGUGUAUACGUGUGUCCUGCACCUCUGAUCCUGCCCCUGACUCCUCUUAUCCAAUCCUGCUUCAUCCCGAGGCCAGAAGGAGGAGCCCUGAGGGAAGAGUCCAGGAGUCUAGGGGGAGGAGUCCAGGUCGACUGGUGGAAGAGCGUUCCAAGCUGAACAGACAGAGUUCUCCAGCACUGCAACAUAAAGUGUCCAACCGUAUCUCUGAUCCAUCCCUGCCCCCCCGCUCAGAGUCGUUCAGCAGUGGGGGCAUACAGCAGGCCCGAACACCCCCCAUGCACCGCCCCGUAGAACCACAGAUGGCCCACCUGGUGCAAGUGAAGUCCCAUGGUCUGUCUGGGUCCCAGUCUCUCCACGACCCUGCAGGGGUCACAGGCCUGUCCCCCUCCCCAUCCUCCGGCCGCCCCCCCAUGCCCCGCCAGAACUCUGACCCUACCUCAGACACCCCUCCUUCUAUACCUCUUCCCCGCCUCGCUCCCCCCCUCGACAAACUGGACCGCAGCUCCUGGCUACGAACAGACCUAGACCUACCUCCUAAGGUGCCCCAGAGGACCACGUCUAUCUCUCCAGCCCUGGUCAGGAAGAACUCUCCUGGGAACGGACCUGCGGGCCUUGCUCCUAAAGCUGGAGCACACCUGAUACGGGCCAGUAACCCAGACCUGCGUAGGACUGAUGUCCCAAUGGAAACUCCCCUGAAGAGGAAGAGCAGUGGCAGCUCCUCCAGCUCCUCUACCCCUUCCUCCAAGGGGGGCAGCAACGAAAGAGGGGCAAAUCAAGCGGAGGGUUCUGGGGCAUCGGCCCAGGAGACCAAAGAAGAAAACAGAGAUGUGACGCUGACACGACCUAGCAGGCCCGCGGACCUGACGGCUCUAGCCAAGGAGCUGAGGGAUCUGCGUCAGGGGGAGGAGCCUAAUCGCCCGCCCGUCAAGGUGACGGACUACUCCUCAUCCAGUGACGAGUCACAGAGUGACGAGGAGGGAGAGGGAGGAAGUAACGACGGCUCUGUGUCUGUCAGCGACAUCCCACGCAUCAUGCCGGCUGCGGGGCAGAGUAGUGGUGAGGUGUACGGUGUGAUGGGAGGACAUAAUGAUUCCUACGGCAACCGUUCCCAAGACAGCACCCUGAUGAUGAGAGAGACCUAUGGGGACAGGAGGCGGAACUCCGCUCUCGCCGACAGCAACGGUUUCCCCGGAAACGCCAAUCUGCCCGAUCUGGUGCAGCAAAGCCCCUCCCCCAUGGUCUCCCCUGGCGAUGGCUCUGGGCGCAGCCACCCCAAAUAUGGCAUGGGCAGUGGGAGUGGCUCCAAGUCCUCCUCCUUCACGCCAUUCGUUGAUCCACGAGUCUACGGAACCUCCCCCACCGAUGAUGAUGAUGAAAACUCUGCCUCUGCUCUCUUUACAAAUGAGCUGCUGCUUCAGGAGCAGGAGCAGGCCAGACUGAACGAGGCCAGAAAGAUCAGUGUGGUCAACGUGAACCCGACCAACAUACGACCUCAUAGUGACACGCCUGAGAUACGCAAAUACAAGAAGCGCUUCAACUCUGAGAUACUGUGUGCUGCUCUCUGGGGUGUGAACCUGCUGGUGGGGACAGAGAACGGUCUUAUGUUGCUGGACCGCAGUGGUCAGGGGAAGGUGUAUAACCUGAUCAACCGCCGACGCUUCCAACAGAUGGACGUUCUGGAGGGCCUCAACGUCCUGGUCACCAUAUCUGGGAAGAAGAAUAAGCUGCGUGUGUACUACCUGUCCUGGCUGAGGAACAGGAUAUUACACAACGACCCCGAGGUGGAGAAGAAGCAGGGCUGGGUCACUGUAGGAGAGCUGGAGGGCUGCGUGCACUACAAAGUCGUGAAGUAUGAGAGGAUCAAGUUUCUGGUGAUCGCUCUGAAGAACUCAGUGGAGAUCUACGCCUGGGCACCCAAACCCUACCACAAGUUCAUGGCCUUCAAGUCGUUCACUGACCUACAGCACCGCCCCCAGCUGGUUGACCUGACAGUGGAGGAAGGUCAGAGGUUAAAGGUCAUCUAUGGCUCCAGCGUUGGGUUUCAUGUAAUCGAUGUCGACUCUGGCAACCCGUAUGACAUCUACAUCCCCUCCCACAUUCAGAGUCAGGUGACGCCCCAUGCCAUCGUGGUGCUGCCGCGGACCGACGGGAUGGAGAUGCUGCUGUGUUACGAGGACGAGGGCGUCUAUGUCAACACCUACGGACGCAUCACUAAAGACGUGGUGCUGCAGUGGGGAGAGAUGCCUACUUCUGUUGCCUACAUCCACUCCAACCAGAUCAUGGGCUGGGGAGAGAAGGCCAUUGAGAUCCGCUCCGUGGAGACGGGACACCUCGACGGAGUUUUCAUGCACAAGCGAGCUCAGCGACUGAAGUUCCUGUCGGAGAGGAACGACAAGGUGUUUUUCGCCUCUGUGCGUUCCGGCGGCAGCAGCCAAGUCUUCUUCAUGACCCUGAACCGGAGCUCUAUGAUGAACUGGUAACCCUGGCAACCCCUCCUUACAUCCUCCCUCCAUACUGUACAUGCCUAACCAGAGGACAGGAUGGAGGGAUGAAAAGAGAGAACUGAGACAGAUGAGUGAACACAGAGUGGCGGCGGCUCAGUGGAGACGGGAGGAAGAGAAAAACCGUCUUCCGUCCAACUCUCAUCGCCAGCCAGCCAGCCAGACGUCUGCAGUACUAACCUCCCUCCACCAGAGGAACCAGAGAUGAGCUCUCCAACAACUUUCCAGAUACGCUCAGACAACACUCUCUCUGUGGUGCGUUUAGUUUCUCUCAGGCACCGUCCAAGAUGGCCCAUAUUCCCUAUACAGUGCAAUACUUUUGGCCAGAGUAGGGAAUAGCGUGCCGUUUUGGAUGUAGCCUCAGUGUUUUGUUUUUGGGAGGUGGUGACAAGAGGUGCGGGUGUAGUCUCCCUCAUGGGGUCAGGGGUCAGUGACUGAGGGUGUUGUCAUGACCCCUGACCUGUGUGCGUAUAUACGCGGUGGGGCUGAGUAGAUUCUUGACUGCAGGAACACUUGAAAAAAUACAAAUAUUGUCACCGGUGGUCACAGAAAAUAUAUAUACUCUUGUCAUUCUUGUUCUAGUUCACCUGUGCUCCCCUCUUUCUCUGUGACUUCUAUUUUACAUUCAAUCUAUUUGGCAUAUUUAUAUUCUGUGUGUUUCACAUCUGUAAAUACACAUUCUAUGAUCUGAAACGGAGCUGCUUCCCUAUCAGACACUCUUACACUGAGACGGAACAAUGGAGGACAGAGAAAAGGAGGAGAUGGAGAGAAUGAUGAGAGCAGUCUGAGUUUGUUUAGUUCAUCUUCCUCCUGUAGAAAUUUCAUUUAAAAAAUGUGACCUGCUUCUUCAUAUUAAAGACUGCAAGAGAGGGAGGAGUGAUGGAGAGACAGACGUUUGGGUUGGUUAGUUGUCAGGCUUCCUCCUACACCACCUCUUCUCUCAUCUCUUCCCCCCUUCCAUUAGUUGACCUGCUCCUCUACAUUUGCAUAGUGACACCUAUUCCACUUGUCGCCAUCACUUUUGACUUCUAAACUAAGGCAAUACACAGGUGUAGUCUGACUGGACAAAUGCGUGGUUGGAAAGAUUUAACUUUCCAAAAUGAGACCCACCAUGUUAUAGUCAGUCAAUACCUUAAACUGGGGGUGGGGGUGUAAAUGUACUCAAAAUAGCUUUAGAUGGCCAGGUGGAAUGACCACAUGAAUCUCAAACCGUUAAGUUUUAUCACAUUUAGUCUCCUAGGAUACUGUGUCUGACACUACCUGCAAAGGUAGUAGAGAGUUGAUAUGAUAAAGCAUUUGAUUAUGAUAUCUAAUGGAUAAUUUAGAGAAAGACCAUCAUGUUCAUACUAUAAGGCUUUCUACAGAGUAGAGAAAAUGGUUUCUACAAUAUGUUUUUAUCGUGUUUAGUGUGAAGUAUCAGACUUUGAACAUGUGUGGAAGAAUGAAAGUGUGCGCGUGCAUGUGUGACUUGUCUUCCCUGCUAACAGUACAGAAUUAAACUGCCACUGUUAGGUGUGUGUGUGUGUUCACCUCAUCUGAAUCACUGGAAUCAAUAACCCGCCCCCCCAGACUGGUACUCCAGUCAACUACAGUGGGGAGAACAAGUAUUUGAACCUGCAAAAUCGGCAGUGUUUCCUACUUACAAAGCAUGUAGAGGAGGUCUGUCAUUUUUAUCAUAGGCACACUUCAACUGUGAGAGACGGAAUCUAAAACAAAAAAAUCAUAAUGUGAUUUUCUGGAUUUAAGUAAUUAAUUUGCAUUUUAUUGCAUGACAUAAGUAUUUGAUACAUCAGAAAAGCAGAACUUAAUAUUUGGUACAGAAAACUUUGGUUGCAAUUACAGAGAUCAUACGUUUCCUGUAGUUCUUGACCAGGUUUGCACACACUGCAGCGGGGAUUUUGGCCCACUCCUCCAUACAGACCUUCUCCAGAUCCUUCAGGUUUCGGGGCUGUUGCUGGGCAAUACGGACUUUCAGCUCCCUCCAAAGAUUUUCUAUUGGUUUCAGGUCUGGAGACUGGCUAGGCCACUCCAGGACCUUGAGAUGCUUCUUACGGAGCCACUCCUUAGUUGCCCUGGCAGUGUGUUUCGGGUCGUUGUCAUGCUGGAAGACCCAGCCACGACCCAUCUUCAAUGCUCUUACUGAGGGAAGGAGGUUGUUGGCCAAGAUCUCGCGAUACAUGGCCCCAUCCAUCCUCCCCUCAAUACGGUGCAGUCGUCCUGUCCCCUUUGCAGAAAAGCAUCCCCAAAGAAUGAUGUUUCCACCUCCAUGCUUCACGGUUGGGAUGGUGUUCUUGGGGUUGUACUCAUCCUUCUUACUCCAAACACGGCGAGUGGAGUUCAGACCAAAAAGCUCUAUUUUUGUCUCAUCAGACCACAUGACCUUCUCCCAUUCCUCCUCUGGAUCAUCCAGAUGGUCAUUGGCAAGAGUGAGAUUUUGCAUGGAGCCCCAGACCGAGGGUGAUUGACCAUCAUCUUGAACUUCUUCCAUUUUCUAAUAAUUGCGCCAACAGUUGUUGCCUUCUCAUCAAGCUGCUUGCCUAUUGUCCUGUAGCCCAUCCCAGCCUUGUGCAGGUCUACAAUUUUAUCCCUGAUGUCCUUACACAGCUCUCUGGUCUUGGCCAUUGUGGAGAGGUUGGAGUCUGUUUGAUUGAGUGUGUGGACAGGUGUCUUUUAUACAGGUAACUAGUUCAAACGGGUGCAGUUAAUACAGGUAAUGAGUGGAGAACAGGAGGGCUUCUUAAAGAAAAACAAACAGGUCUGUGGGAGCCAGAAUUCUAACUGGUUGGUAGGUGAUCAAAUACUUAUGUCAUGCAAUAAAAUGCAAAUUAAUUACUUAAAAAUCAUACAAUGUGAUUUUCUGGAUUUUUGUUUUAGAUUCCGUCUCUCACAGUUGAAGUGUACCUAUGAUAAAAAAUGUCAGACCUCUACAUGCUUUGUAAGUAGGAAAACCUGCAAAAUCGUCAGUGUAUCAAGUACUUGUUCUCCCCACUGUAUGUGUUGUUUAAGCGUAACUGUCCUUGUACAGAGACAUGAUUUUGAUUACAUAGACGUCCUCCCCUGCUUUACUUCUCACUCUGUGUCUGGAUGUCUGUGUCUGACAUGUAAAGUACAUGGCAGCCCUAUCUCACACUGUUGGCCACAUGAUUUCCCCCUGCCCCUUUGUCCCCCAUGUUCAGCUCCAUAACACACACACACACACACAUACACACACAAAGAAACAAGCACCUGUGACAUACUAAAUAUUGGGAUGAUGUCCUGCUCUGUUGAGGAUCCAUAUGAUUUCCUUGUUUGAGAGCUAUUCUCAGUUGUGAUUUUCAUGUUUUUUUCUUGAAUUAGAACCAAUGUCAAUACUGCUGUACGUAGAUCUGGAGUCAUAGAGGGCUCUGUCUUUGGCUCCAUGGGAUUAGCUGUGUAUGGUAAACUACCCAAGGUGCUUCACCUCCAUGAUCUGUGUUUUUGUGACAAAGUGCUUGAAGUGGAAUGAAAUAGGUACCAGUACUUAUUUAAAUUCUACAGUACAGGUAAUCUCGACACCCAGAACCAAAUCUCAGCUUUUAAGGCUGUCACAAGAGACUAUAGUACAUGGGUCCAUAUUUUAGAGCCAAUGUUCUGUAAGAGGUGCCAGUACUCAAGCAGUAGCAUAUCAGAGGAGGCUGUACUCCGUACCGAUCAGGACCGACCCACUGGUCUGAGAGCACUUUUCUAGCGUUCUUUUCUGUCUGUCUGCAUGUGGAGGUGUGGGGAGAGAGAAGCGGGGCACACUGCAGUAGGCCUACUUACAGGUUCUUUAGACUUUGGGCCUCCAAGUUUGGCACAUCACAAAUAUGUAUGUUUUAAAUAUAAGUGAGUAGAAUUGGAUUAAACAUUGAUUAUAAGGGAACAAUGUUGGGAUGGUAUCUGUACACUGGAUCCUAGCUUCCUUAGAGUGUUUAGCAAUAAAGAGCAAUAGCUACUGACUUCUUUAGUCUUCUGCUGUUACUUCUCUGUGUCACCAUGACAGACACAGAGGUACAGAGGGAGGAUGUAUGGGUGAUGAGCAUGGAUACAUGUGAUUAUUGAUGGUGAUUAAUUAAUGUGACUGGAGCCAUUUUGUUUGACUUUUCCAUGUAACCUAUUCACACACUUCAUGUUUCCAAAUGACAACAUGCAUUAGAAAUGUGCUGUUUUUUUCUUAAAUAAAAUAAGUUAAACAUGA